AUGAAAAUACAUACCGGAGAAAAACCUUUUUCGUGUAAUGUCUGUGAAUAUAAAUGUAUUCAAAAAAGUAAUUUGCAAACACAUAUGAAAAUACAUACUGGAGAAAAACCUUUUUCGUGUAAUAUCUGUGAAUAUAAAUGUAUUUACAAAUGUACUUUGCAAAGACAUAUGAAAAUACAUACCGGAGAAAAACCUUUUUCGUGUAAUAUAUGUGAAUAUAAAUGUAUAAAUAAAAGUAAUUUGCAAAAGCAUAUGAAAACCCAUACCGGAGAAAAACCCUUUUCGUGUAAUAUCUGUGAAUAUAAAUGUAUUUACAAAUUUACUUUACAAACACAUAUGAAAAUACAUACCGGAGAAAAACCUUUUUCGUGUAAUAUCUGCGAAUAUAAAUGUAUUCAAAAAAGUAAAUUGCAAACACAUAUGAAAAUACAUACCAGAGAAAAACCUUUUUCGUGUAAUAUCUGUGACUAUAAAUGUAUUAGAAAAUAUACUUUGCAAGCACAUAUACAAUUACAUUCUGGAGAAAAACCUUUUUCGUGUAAUAUCUGUGAAUACAAAAGUAGUAGAAAAGGUAAUUUGCAAUCACAUAUGAAAAUACAUGCUGGAGAAAGACCUUUUUUGUGUAAUAUCUGUAAAUUUAGAUCUAUAACAAAAUGUCAAUUGAAAACUCAUUUAAAAAUACACACUGGAGAAAAACCUUAUUCAUGUCAUAUCUGUGAAUUUAGAUGUAAAAGAAAAAGUAGUUUGAAAAGCCAUAUGAAGAUACACACUAGGGAAAAACAUACAUAA